UUGGAGUUUGGGUAAAAUCAAAGAUACGACGUACCUUGAGUUAAAAAAGCUAUCUAGACUUCGAAUUGACCAGAGUUUGGCAUCUAGUACUAUUUCUACACCUUUAAAGAUUAAAAUCUAGGUUUUAAUUUUAUAAAUCUCAUCCACUAAGAUCAAUUUAAGUGGAAACAAAAAUCUACGGUCAUGAUUUAUCGAAAUUUAUGCAACAAAUUACAUGCACAAUCUUAGGGGUUAGGCUCUAUAAUUUUGAAAAUUAAGACCUAUAGUUCACUUAUCAAGGGUUAGAGUAUAGUAUCAUGCCAAAAAAUUCGGUUAAUUUGAAGUCUAAAUAACGUUUUCUUCCUCAGAAUAUGUCCUACCCUAUAUUUUACCCACAUUACAAUAAAAGCCACCUUAAACUAUAUAUAAAUUUGUCACUAAUAAAAAAUAAAUAGAGUUAUAUUUCAUUGCACUAGCAUGUUGUAGUCAUCCGCAACUUCUGAUUAAUGAAAGUUGAAUAGAUUCCCGUAUAAAAAAAAAAAAAACAAGUUACAGUGUAUAUUGCAUAAUAUAAAUAAUUUGAGAAUGUUGGGUGAUGUUCCAAAUAUUGUAAGCACGUUGGUAUAAAUUUCAGAAAUUGUGACACGACAUAUAUUAUUUAGAUAUUUAUUUUGAGUAUUUCAUGCACCAAGAUUUUAUGAACCACCAUUUGAAAAAAAAAUGUAAACCUUUAUCUCCACGUGAUUCAAAAUUAGAUAAAUAAACCAUUAUGAGUGCUAAGAUAAAAAAAAAUUUUGAAAUUUUAUAACAUUAUCAUGUUAUACAUUUAGCCAAAAGUUAAUACCUCUCAACUAAGAGUUGAAUGUUUUCACUUAUAAAUUAACUCAUAUCGUAUUGAUCGAUAUCUUGGGUGUCCCUCCCGGAGGGACUAAAUUAGCUUUGUAUAUACGAGUCAAACUAUACAUUCGGGUCAUAAACAAAGAAUAACAAAAAAAAUUGAAUAAUAUAUGAAAAUAAUUCAAGUAUGACAAUAAAUUAUUUAAAACAAAUGUAGCUUAUGCAAGAAAUUAAUGAGAGUUUCAAGAAUAUGAACAAAAUGUUUCUAAAUUCCCUUAAUAUUAAAAUGAAACUCACCUUGGCCGGAAUCAAAGCUAGUACGAGUAAUUAAGUGGGAAGAAGAAAGGUCAAUUAAAAGAUUUGUUGCAAUUGUAUGGCGAUUUAGCUUAUAAUGUCAUAAAUCAAUUGCCGAAGGAGCUACCACAGUUGAGUUAACAAUGGUGAUUUGGGAUUGGACUAAUAAGAUCUAUAAAUGUAAUGUAUUUGCCCCAACCGUAGACAUCAAUCACUCAAUCAAAACCCAACUGCCAUAGAGAUCUCGCUUUCUUGUUUCACAAGCAAAUCCCCACAAAAAGAAUCCAUACCACCUUCAAUCAACACAAAUGCUGGCCUUAGCAAGUAACGGAAACAAGCCACUCACCGUGAAGCUCACCGGCGUCCCAAUCCUGGUCCCGCCGGCGCAGAAGACGCCGACGGGCAUGUACUUCCUGUCCAACCUCGACUACUGCGACAUGAUCAUUUACACCUUCUACACUUACACUAAGUCGACGGAGAAGGGCAACGAAAUGGCCGGAGAAGUCAUGAAGGAUGCGUUGAGCAAGGUUCUCGUUCACUACUACCCCGUCGCCGGCCGCCUGACCGUCGAUGGGUCGGACGGGAGGUUCGCCGUCGAUUGCACCGGGGACGGCGCCGUUUUCGUCGAGGCGGAGGCGGAUUGCGACCUGGGGAGCGUUGACCUGUCGAAGCCCGACCACGUGACACGUUCCAAGUUGGUGUAUAAGGUUCAUGAUGCCAAGAGCUCCAUUGACAUUCCUCCUUUGAUGGCUCAGUUGACCAGGUUCAAAUGCGGUGGAUUCGUGGUUGGGGUUUCUUGGAACCAUUUCCUCGGAGACGGCAUAGCAGCAAUCGAGUUCCUCAACUCGUGGGGGGAAACGGCACGAGGGUUGCCGCUUUCCGUCCCUCCUUUCCUCGACAGAACCUUGCUCAAAUCGCGAGUCCCGUUAAAAAUCGACUGCCGACACUCCGAAUACGACGACUUGGAAGACAAGUCGUCGAGUAGUCUCAACGAGUCUGACAAAGAGCCAGUCGUCUUCGAGUACGCCCACUUCACCGGAGAGAAGAUUCGCAAGAUCAAGGAACGAGUCCUCCACCAUGGCGCCAGAGGCGGAGGACUCGUCACCAGAUGUAGCACUUUCGAGGCGGUGGUGGCCUUCGUGUGGAGGGCUCGAGUCAGGGCCCUGAAGAUGGCGCCCGACCAGGAGACCCGGCUCAUGCUGGUCAUCAGCGCGAGGGACCGGCUCGAGCCGCCACUGCCCAGAGGGUAUUUUGGGAACGCAAUCAAGAUGAUGACCACGGGCACGUGGUUGGCACGUGACAUUAUGGACAAACCGGUUUCUCACGCGGUCAAGAAGAUUCAAGACGGAAUCACUAACUGUAACGACAGGAUCAUAAGGUCUACUAUAGACUAUAUUGAAGCCACCGGAGCUACACGACCUUUAGGGUUUACCAUGAUUGCAACCGCAUGGUACAGAAUGCCUAUGGAUUCUACGGAUUUUGGGUGGGGCAGACCAUCACGGGUUGAACCGGUCGAGUCACCACAGUAUGAAUCGAUCACAUUUCUAGCUCACGAUAGGGAGGUGAAGAGCUUAAAUGCAUUUAUUGGACUACCUGUUUCUGCUAUGAAGACUUUCCAAGAGUUGGUGGGACAAAUUUAAGGGUUAAAAUGCACUUAUGUUGCAUAUAAGUCGAAUUACAAUUACAAUUGCUACUAAACUACAUAAAUAAAAUUUUUGUGGCACCGUCAUAAUUUUCAUUCACUCCAAAACACGUCUCGAUAAUUACACACUUACAUCAAAUUUCUUAUUUAUAAAUCAUGGAUCUCUCACAUACUUUAUCCAUGUAGAAUUUCUCUUACGGCAUUAAAGCUCUCAUUUAAACCCAUAAUGAAGUCAUACAACAUCUCUCUAUUCUUGGACUCCCUUGACUGUUUUUGGAUAUCGCAGGCACAGAACCUGCAGGAGCAUUGUGGUGGUGGAGAGAUUGCUUAGAAAUGAGAUGGAAAUUUUAAAUUAUUUUAUUUUUAAAUUACCACGUCACACAUUUAACGGUCAACUUUUAGAGUUGAUCGCCAUGUAAGCAAAAGUUAAUGGAGUUGGACGGAGAGUGACCAAACGUGAACCGUUUCAGUAAACUGAAGUACAACCCAUGGAUUUAAAUAUUUCGAGUGAGCAAAUUUGAACGUUGUUUGUAAUCUCAGUGACCAACCAUGCAAUUAACCCUAUAUAUAUAUAUAUAUAUAUAUAUAUAUAUAUAUAUAUAUAUAUAUAUGGUGACUACUUCGGCGCACUCACAAAAAUGAGUGCGUUCAGUGCACCCAACUCAAAAACUAGUCUUAAGGAGUCGGAUUUUGAAUUUUAAUUUGUAGAAUUAGUAUAAUAUGAUGAUAUAACAUAUAAUAACAACUAAUUAGCGGAUUACCCUAAGCCCUAGACCUCCAAUUUUGAGUUCUAUCACUAAACCCCAAACUGUAAACCCUAACCCUAACCCUAGAUCUUUAAACUCUAAAUCCUUCAAAUUAAAGCAAAUCUUUCAUGGUUUUUGUGCAAAUUCAUGUGCGUUAUUAUUCAUCACAUCAUAAGUGAUGAUUGACAUCAUUUUGACAUAAAUCUCAUGUUUUAAAUGACGAUUAUGAAGCGAGUGCACUGAAUGCACCCAAAAAAGUGAGUGCACCGAAGACGCCACCAUAUAUAUAUAUAUAUAGUGACUACUUCGGUGCACUAAAAAAAUGAGUGCGUUCAACGCACUCAACUAAAAACUAGUCUUAAGGUGUCAAAUUUUAAAUUUUUAAUUUGUAGAAUUAGUGUAAUAUGAUGAUAUAACAUAUGAUCACAACUAAUUAAUGGAUUACCCUAAGCUCUAGACCUCCAAUUUUGAUUAUAUCCCUAAAUCCCAAAUUUUAAACCAUAACCCUAACCCUAAAUCUCUAAAUUCUAAAUCCUUCAAAUUAAAGUAAAUCUUGAAUGGUUUUUGUGCGAAUUCAUGUGCUUUAUUGAUCAUCACAUCAUAAGUGAUGAUUGACAUCAUUUUGACAUGAAUCACAUGUUUAAAAUGAUUGUUAUGAAGCGAGUGCACUGAAUACACAAAAAAAAAAUGA